AUGAAUAUUAAGAUUAAGGUAGUAAUUAAUUAUAUUAAUGAAUUAGUUACUACAAUUAUAGUAUAUUUCUUUGUGCUCAAGAGUGUUGUAAGAAUUAGAGAAUCAUACAGGGAUUAAGGAUAAGGUGUUGGCUGAAUAUAUUAUUGAUUUAGGUAGAUAAAGUAAGGAUGAAAAGGAAUUUAAAUAAAAAUUGGAUGCAGCAAAAGCUGAUUUUACAGAUCAAUUUACAAAUUCUCUAUUCAAUAUCAUAAAGAAAAUGUCUCCUUAAGAAAAAAAGUAAGUAGAACAGCCACCAUAAAUAGAGUAGGUAGUUAAAGAAUAGAAAUUCCCAGGAUUAGCAUUACCAAAUCGUGAAAUAGUUUAAUUAGAGGAUAUGGAAGAGUAAUCAAGAUCAAGGUCAUUAUCAAAAAAUAAGAAGAAGAAGAAGGAUAAGAAAAAGAAAAAGGACAAAAAUAAGGAUAAAGAAAAAGAAAAGGAAAAAGAAAAGGAAAAAAAGGAUAAGAAAGAGCCAUCUGCAUCUCCAUAAAGGACUCAUAGAGAUAUAGAAAAAGGACAUAUAUAUGAGGGUGUUGUAACAAAGGUGCAAGAUUUUGGAGUUUUUGUAUAGAUAGCUGGUUUUAAAGGUAGAAAGGAAGGUUUAGUUCAUAUUUCCAAUAUAAGAGAGAAAAGAGUGACUAAUCCUUUUGAUAUUUUGAAAAGGAAUUAGAAAGUGUUUGUGAAGGUGAUUAGUAUUGUGAAUGAAAAGAUUGCAUUAUCAAUGAGAGAUGUGGAUUAAAAUACUGGUUAGGAAAUAGAAAAGAAAGCUAAGGCAAUGAAUGAAUAUGAUCAAGUGAUAAAAUAAUAGGAGUAGAGUAAGGAUAAUAAUAGAUAUGGAGCAAUAACAGGUGUAAAAUUAGAUGUGGCAUAAGAUGCUUGUAAAAAGAAAGCAAAGAGAAUAGCAUCUCCAGAUUUAUGGGAGAAGACUAGAUUAGAAUAUAAUUCAAAAUUGGUUCGUUAGAUCGACAAUAAAGCUAUUGUAGAAGAUUCAGAAUCAGAAGGUUUUGUGUCAGAUUCAGAAGAUUUAGAAAUAGAUAUGAAUGAUUAUGAACCUCCAUUUUUAAAAGGAUAAACAACUAAAGCAGGAAUAAAUUUAUCACCAAUAAGAGUUGUGAAAAAUCCAGAAGGGACUUUGUAAAGAGAAGCCUUACAUGCAUAAUAAUUGGCAAGAGAAAGAAGAGAAAUGAGAGAAUAAUAAUAAAGAGCAAUAAAUGAAUAAAAUAGAGAUAAAUAUAGAGAGGAUCCUUUAGCUUAGAUUUCAGGGAAUAUGAAUUAAAUGUAAGUAGAAAUUCCUGAAUGGAAAAAAGAAGCAAUGUUCAAAUCAAGUGUAAGGAAUAGAACACAUAUGAGUAUUAAAGAAUGGAGAGAAUCUUUACCAAUUUAUAAUUUUAAAAAUGAAUUAUUGUCUGCUAUAAAAGAGAAUCGAAUUUUAAUAGUAAUAGGAGAGACAGGUAGUGGAAAAACAACUUAGAUUACAUAAUAUUUAAUGGAGGCUGGAUAUGGUAGAAAUGGAAUGAAAAUAGGUUGCACUUAACCUAGAAGAGUUGCAGCAAUGUCUGUGGCAAAAAGAGUGGCUGAAGAAAUGGGAGUACAACUUGGAGAUGAAGUUGGUUAUGCUAUAAGAUUUGAAGAUUGCACAGGUCCUAAUACAAUAAUUAAAUAUAUGACAGAUGGAAUGUUAUUAAGAGAAGCAUUAAUAGAUAAAGAUAUGAGUCAAUAUAGUGUUAUAAUGUUAGAUGAAGCACAUGAAAGAACUAUUAAUACUGAUGUGUUAUUUGGAUUAUUAAAAUAAGUAGUUGCUAAAAGAAAUGAUUUUACAUUAAUUGUAACAUCUGCCACUUUGGAUGCUGAAAAGUUUUCAUCUUAUUUUUUUAAUUGUAAGAUAUUUAGAAUUCCAGGACGUAAUUUUCCUGUUGAAGUAUUUUUCACAAAUGAACCUGAAGAAGACUAUUUGGAAGCUGCAUAAUUAUGUGUAAUUUAGAUUCAUUUAGAAGAACCAGCUGGUGAUAUCCUAUUGUUUUUAACAGGAUAAGAAGAAAUAGAUACAGCAUGUUAAGUACUUCAUGAAAGAAUGAAAAAAUUAGGUCCAGAUGCUCCUGAAUUAAUUAUUUUACCUGUGUAUUCUGCUUUACCUACAGAAUUACAAUAAAAGAUUUUUGAUCCUGCCCCUACUGGAGCCAGAAAAAUUGUUAUAGCUACAAAUAUUGCUGAAGCAUCUAUUACUAUUGAUGGAAUUUAUUAUGUUGUUGAUCCAGGAUUCUCUAAAAUCAAAGUAUAUAAUCCAAAAUUGGGUAUGGAUUCCUUAAUUAUUGCUCCAAUCAGUUAAGCAUCUGCUUAAUAAAGAGCUGGUAGAGCAGGAAGAACUGGACCAGGAAAAUGUUAUAGAUUGUAUACUGAAUAAGCAUUUAAUACAGAAAUGUUACCUACUUCAGUACCUGAAAUAUAGAGAACUAAUUUGGCAAAUACUAUUUUAUUAUUAAAAGCUAUGGGAAUACAUGAUCUAUUGAAUUUUGACUUUAUGGAUCCUCCACCUGUAUAAACUAUGAUUGCAGCAAUGGAAUAAUUAUAUGCAUUAGGAGCUUUAGAUGAUGAAGGAUUGUUAACAAAGGUAGGUAGGAAGAUGGCAGAAUUCCCUUUGGAACCACCAUAAGCUAAAAUGUUAUUGACUGCAGUUGAUUUAGGAUGUGUAGAUGAAAUCAUUACAAUUAUUGCAAUGUUGUCAGAACCUAAUAUCUUCUAUAGACCAAAAGAUAGAUAAUAAUUAGCAGAUUAGAAAAAGGCUAGAUUUCAUAGACCAGAAGGGGAUCAUUUGACAUUGUUAACAGUUUAUGAACAUUGGAAGAAAAACAAUUUUAGUAAUGUUUGGUGUCAUGAGAAUUAUAUAUAAGCCAGAUCUAUGAGGAGAGCUUAAGAUGUUAGAAAAUAAUUAUUAUAAAUUAUGGAAAGAUAUAAAUUCUAAAUUACCUCUUGUGGUAAAGAUUUUUGGAAAAUCAGAAAAGCUAUAACUGCUGGUUAUUUCUUUCAUGUAGCUAAAAAAGUAUUAUAAAUUAUUAAUAUUAGGAUUAAGCUGAAGGUUAUAAAACUUUAUCUGAUAAUCAAUAAGUCUAUAUCCAUCCUAGUAGUGCAUUAUUUAACAAAGGACCUUUAUGGUGUGUUUAUCAUGAAUUAGUAAUGACAUCAAAAGAAUACAUGAGGGAAGUAUGUGAAAUAGGUAUAUAAAAAUAAUAAUAAUAAUAUUCUUUUAGAACCUAGAUGGCUUAUUGAGGUUGCUGAAAAUUACUUUAAGGCUCACAAUCAAAUGGGAUAACUCUCAAAAACCAAGAAAUCAGAGAAACUCGAUCCAUUAAGUUGCAAAUUUGGAGAUGCUAAUGCAUGGAGACUAAGUAAGCGUAAAGGUUGAUAUUAAAUAUUAUAUUUAAUAUUAUUUAUAUAUUUCAUGCUUGAUUUUACAUGUAUUAUUUCUGAAAUAAAUAGAACAAAGUGAUUAUCCUCUAUUUUAAUUUAAUGCUAGAAGAGUGAGUCAUUUGGUUUUGUAAUAAUGUACUACUGCUAAAUCUUAAAAAGUCUAAAUGCUUAAUUUACAGAGGAAACCAAUAAAAAACAAUUCAUUAAUACAUUGUUUUCGUUUAUUAAAGGGAUAAACAGAUGACUAUAAUUUAAAUCCAAUCCAAACUGAAAAGAAAAUAAGAAGUAAGAAAAUUAUAAAUUUAAAACCAUUGAAGAAUGUAAUUGAAAAAAUAGCUUUAAUAAGAUAAUAAUAAUAGCCAAGAAGAAAAUCUGCAUAUGGAGAUACAUUUGGUGAAAUGACAGCAAAAUAAUUUUCUAAUUUACCAACUCAAAUUUAAUAACAUCAUUAAAUUGAUGGUUAAAGAUUUGCUUUAACAAGUUUUGCUGAUAUUUUAGAAAGAAAGAAAUAAAAAAAAACUACAAGAAAACCUAGUUUACUUAGAAAAUUAACUAAAUAAGACACCAUUGUUGGUACUUAUUAUUUUAAUUAAUUUAAGAAUAUGAUAAUAUGGAAAGACCACCUUCAUGUAAAACACCCCCUAGAUAAACUACUAUUAGAUUAACUCAUAAAUCUUAAAUGGAAAUUGAAAAAGAAAAAUAUUUCAAAGUUUAAGAUUGUAAAAUGAUUUAAUUUUUAGCUGGAAAAUCUGAAUAAUUAAAAAUGUUAAUGAAUGGCAAUAAAGCUAUUACUCUUAAUCUCUAAUUAACAACUCCAUAAUCUUCUUAAAUUAUUGUUAAUCAUAGAAAUUCAGCCUUAUUUCCAACACUUCCAAUCAAUAAAAUUAGUAGAUGUAUAACUAACCCUUAUGAAAAUAAAUUUGGUCUUCAAUUAAGUAGUCGAUCAUUAAAUAAUCAAAAUACUCCAUAUCUUAAAUAAAAUCAAAUGCUCACAAAAUAAAUAUAAAUAGAACUUAAAAAUUAAUCUCAUCCUUUAUAGAGAUUAAGUUAUCAUUUAUGA